GCCGGGGCUGUGGGCUCGGGGCGCGCGGAAUGUGAGGCUCGGCGGGCCUCUGCGCGCACGGACGCUCGGACGGGCGAAGGGCGGCGACCCCUCUCGCGGACGCCCGGCCGCGCGCGGCGCCGGGGACUCGCCCUCUCCGCUCGCCCUUGCGCGCUCCCCGCGCCCUCCAGCGCCCCGGCGGGACCAUGAAGAAGUUCUCUCGGAUGCCCAAGUCGGAGGGCGGCAGCGGCGGUGGCGCUGCGGCCGGCGGGGCCGGCGGGGUCGGCGUCGGCUCCGGCAGCUCGUCCGUGGGGGUCCGGGUGUUCGCGGUCGGCCGCUACCAGGUCACCCUUGAGGAGUCGCUGGCGGAAGGUGGGUUCUCCACAGUCUUCCUGGUGCGAACUCAUGGUGGAAUUCGAUGUGCUUUGAAGCGAAUGUUUGUCAAUAAUGUGCCAGAUCUCAACAUUUGUAAAAGGGAAAUUACAAUUAUGAAAGAGUUAUCUGGUCACAAAAACAUCGUUGGUUAUUUGGACUGUGCCAUUAAUUCGAUUAGUGAUAAUGUAUGGGAAGUGCUUAUCUUAAUGGAAUAUUGUCGAGCUGGGCAGGUGGUGAAUCAGAUGAAUAAGAAGCUGCAGACAGGUUUCACGGAACCGGAAGUUUUACAGAUAUUCUGUGAUACCUGUGAAGCUGUUGCGAGGUUACAUCAGUGUAAGACUCCAAUAAUUCAUCGGGAUCUAAAGGUAGAAAAUAUUUUGUUAAAUGAUGGUGGAAACUACGUGCUUUGUGACUUUGGCAGUGCCACUAAUAAAUUUCUUAAUCCACAAAAAGAUGGAGUUAAUGUAGUAGAAGAAGAAAUUAAAAAGUAUACAACUCUGUCAUACAGAGCCCCUGAAAUGAUCAACCUUUAUGGAGGAAAGCCCAUCACUACCAAGGCUGAUAUCUGGGCCCUAGGAUGUUUACUCUACAAGCUCUGUUUCUUCACUCUUCCUUUUGGUGAGAGUCAGGUUGCCAUCUGUGAUGGCAACUUCACCAUCCCAGACAAUUCUCGCUACUCCCAUCACAUACAUUGCUUAAUAAGGUUUAUGCUUGAACCAGAUCCAGAGCGUAGACCUGAUAUAUUCCAGGUGUCUCAUUUUGCAUUUAAAUUUGCCAAAAAGGAGUGUCCUGUCUCCAACAUCAAUAAUUCUUUGAUUCCUUCAGUUCUUCCUGAACCGAUGACUGCCAGUGAAGCUGCUGCUAGGAAAAGCCAAAUAAAAGCCAGAAUAACAGAUACCAUUGGACCAACAGAAACCUCAAUUGCACCUAGACAAAGACCAAAGGCCAGUUCUGCUAGCACCACUGCCAGCGUGCUGACCAUCCAAAGUUCAGCAACACCUGCUAAAGUCCCAGCUCCUAGUGAACUUGGUAACCACAGACCAAAAGGAACACCGAGACCUGAGGUUUUGUUGGGCCAGGGCCCGCCUCAGCAGCCGCCUCAGCAGCACAGAGUCCUUCAGCAACUACAACAGGGAGAUUGGAGAUUACAGCAGCUCCAUUUACAGCCUCGCCACCCUCACCAGCAGCAACAGCAGCAUCAGCUACUUCAGGACGCCUACAUGCAGCAGUAUCAGCAUGCAAUGCAGCAGCAGCAGCAGCUGCUUCAACAACAGUUCUUGAUGCAUUCAGUCUAUCAACCACAUUCUUCAGCAUCACAGUAUCCUGCAGUGGUGCAGCAGUGUCAGCAGGCUUUCUUGCAGCAGCAGAUGCUGGCUCGGCAACAGGCAUCACCUGAGUAUCCGACCUCUCCUCAGGAAUUCUCACCGGCCUUAGUGACCUACCCUUCAUCACAUCCAGCUCACGUUGGAACCGUAAUGGACUCCUCUUAUAGUGCCAAUAGAUCAGUUGCUGAUAAGGGGGCAGUCGCCAAUUUUACAAAUCAGAAGAAUGUCAGUAACCCACCAGAUAUGUCAGGGUGGAAUCCUUUUGGAGAGGAUAAUUUUUCCAAGUUAACAGAAGAGGAGCUAUUGGACAGAGAAUUUGACCUUCUGAGAUCAAACAGGCUCGAGGGGAGAGCAUGUUCAAAUAAGACUGUAGACCCACUGUCUGCUCCACAUAACCAUCUUCCAGAAGAUCCUUUUGGUUCUGUUCCUUUGAUUUCUCAUUCAGGUUCUCCUGAAAAGAGAACUGAAUAUUCAUCAGUGAAUCUAGAACAUGGCCCUGUAAACCCCAUUAAGAAUGGAAAAGCAAGUCUGGUAGCUAAAGAUCAGCGGACUGCAAAGAGGAGUUCAGAAAAUUCAUCGCUCCAGGGUGCAACGCAGAAGGGGAAUGAUGACUCUGAAAGUGAUUUUGAAUCCGAUCCCCCUUCUCCUCAGAGCAGCGAGGAGGAAGAACAGGAGGAUGAGGACGUCCAGGGAGAGCCAGGGGAUUUGAAUGAUGAUGAUACUGAGCCAGAGAAUCUGGGUCACAGACCCCUCCUUAUGGAUUCUGAGGAUGAGGAAGAGGAGGAAAAGCACAGCUCCGAUUCUGACUAUGAGCAGGCGAAAGCAAAGUACAGUGGGCAGAACUUUGUCUGCAGAGACCAGGCUGGUGGUGGACCAACCCAAGGCCCCAACACAGCACUCCUCACUCCCACCCAGCUACCCUCAAGAUUUGGGCCAGAGACCCCCAAACAGGAAUUUGAUGUAUUUGGCGCUGUCCCAUUCUUUCCAGUGCAUUCUCAACCAGCUCUGGCAGGAAACAGUGAAAAGACCCUGUCGCAGCAGAGGAUUCCUCCUGUAGGGCUGGAGCAGGAGGAAUUCGAUGUGUUUACGAAGGCACCCUUCAGCAAGAGGGUCAGUGUGCAAGGCUGCCACGAGCUGGGGCCCAAGGCGCACCCUCUCCCUGCUUGUCCCAAAAGUGUCGAUGUAUUUGGUUCCACUCCAUUUCAGCCCUUUUCCACAUCCACCAGUAGAAGUGACAGCACUGAGGACCUUUUUGGGCUUGUGCCCUUUGAGGAAAUCACUGGGAGUCAGCAGCAAAAAGUCAAACAGCGUAGUCUACAGAAACUGUCCUCUCGCCAAAGGCGCACGAAGCAGGAUAUGUCCAAGGGUAACGGGAAGCGGCAUCAUGGCACGCCGACCAGCACCAAGAAGACCCUGAAGCCCACCUACCGCACCCCAGAGAGGGCCCGCAGGCACAAAAAAGUGGGCCGGCGAGACUCUCAAAGCAGCAAUGAAUUCCUAACCAUCUCAGACUCCAAGGAGAACAUCAGCAUAGCCAUGACCGAUGGGAAGGACAGGGGGACCGUCUUACAGCCAGAGGAGAGUUUGCUGGACCCCUUUGGGGCCAAGCCCUUCCCUCCUCCGGACCUGCCAUGGCACCCUUCCCACCAGGGCCUGGGCGACAUCCGUGAUCACAAUACUGUCCUGCCUGGGCGGCCAAGACAGAAUUCACUACAUGGGUCAUUCCACAGUGCAGAGGCAUUGAAAAUGGAUGACUUUGGUGCUGUGCCCUUUACAGAACUUGUGGUGCAAAGCACCACACCACAUCAAUCCCAACAGUCCCAACCAGUUGAAUUAGACCCGUUUGGUGCUGCUCCGUUUCCUUCUAAACAGUAGAUACGUCUCAUGGACUUGGCGGAUUAAUUUCUGUUUCAAAAGAGUAUGAAUAAUUUUAUGAACUUGGAAGAGAAUUUAUUUGUAUAGCUCUUUAUAUCAUUCAUUCUUACAGGUCAAUUCAGAGUAGGUGAUUUUUAAAUAAACCAAAUAGAAAAAGGAAGUAUCUGUACUACAGGGUAGUAACUCGCCGCCUCUUCCAAGCAGGAGAAAAGGGAGCUUUCCUGAGCAGGGUCGGAGUGAGGGUUUCUGCUGCUGGUACCGCAGCACAGGAAUGCAGCAAGUGUGGCCAAGGUACCUGCAGUGAGAGCAUGCGGCACGCUCGAGUGCAGAGCCACUUACAAGGGCCUGUCAAACUAGAAUGUCACUUGGGUGUGCACAUCCCAGGGUCACUUGAGAUCUAGCAUUUCAAACUAGGGUUAUGUGUACAUGUACAGGCUGUGUCUGUGGAGUCUUUGAAGGGAGAUGUCUUGUAAUUUCCACACAGUGAAAGAUAAUCCAGCUCUCUUAAAGGAGAAAAACAUUAUCUGGAGAGUGCAGAGAUUUCAGCCCAUAUACCUUUCCUAAAGAAACAGAGCCAGAAGCAACUGACUGACUAUUGUGCCUAAAACUGUUUCAUUUUGAAAACCAAGUGCCAUUAAUACAGAAUCGCUAACGAUAAGGAAUAUGUGAAGUAAUCCAUACGUUAAUUAGUUCAGUUUAGCCCUUCAACAAUGUAUGCUGAUGGACAUGAUAAAUAUAUACAAUCUUCACUUACAAGUUAAAAAUUAAUGUAUGGAAUAUCUACAUUGAAGAACAGAAUACAUUUAGCAACUUC